GCCACCAUGGGGCUGCCACUAGCCCGCCUGGCAGCUGUCUGCCUGGCCCUGUCCGUGGCCGGGGGCUCCGAGCUCCAGACAGAGGGCAGAGCCCGAGACCACGGCCACAGCGUCUGCAGCGCUUGGGGCGACUUCCACUACAAGACCUUCGACGGCGACGUCUUCCGCUUCCCCGGCCUCUGCGACUACAACUUUGCCUCCGACUGCAGAGGCUCCUACAAGGAGUUCGCCGUGCACCUGAAGCGGGGCCCGGGCCAGGCCGGGGCGCCCCCCCACGUGGAGUCCAUCCUGCUGACCAUCAAGGACGACGCCAUCUACCUCACCCGCCACCUGGCCGUGCUGAAUGGGGCCGUGGUCAGCACCCCGCACUACAGCCCCGGGCUCCUCAUCGAGAAGAGUGACGUCUACACCAAGGUGUACUCCCGCGCCGGGCUCGCCCUCAUGUGGAACCGUGAGGACGCGAUCAUGCUGGAGCUGGACAGUAAGUUCCGGAACCACACCUGUGGCCUCUGUGGGGACUACAACGGCCUGCAGAGCUACUCGGAAUUCCUCUCUGACGGCGUGCUCUUCAGUGCCCUGGAGUUCGGGAACAUGCAGAAGAUCAACCAGCCUGACGUGCAGUGCGAGGACCCCGAGGAGGAGCCGGCCCCAGCGUCCUGCGCCGAGCACCGCGCCGAGUGCGAGCGGCUGCUGACCGCCGAGGCCUUCGCCGACUGCCAGGACCGGGUGCCUCUGGAGCCGUACCUGCAAGCCUGCCAGCAGGACCGCUGCCGCUGCUCCGGCGGGGACGGGCACAGGGACGCCUGCGUCUGCAGCACCGUGGCCGAGUUCUCCCGCCAGUGCUCCCACGCCGGCGGCCGGCCCGGGAACUGGAGGACCGCCUCGCUCUGCCCCAAGACCUGCCCUGGGAACAUGGUGUACUUGGAGAGCGGCUCGCCCUGCAUGGACACCUGCUCGCACCUGCAAGUGAGCAGCCUGUGUGAGGAGCACCGCAUGGACGGCUGUUUCUGCCCGGAAGGCACCGUGUAUGAUGACAUCGUGGGCGGCGGCUGCGUUCCUGUGAGCCAGUGUCACUGCAGGCUGCACGGAUACCUGUACACACCGGGCCAGGAGAUCACCAAUGACUGCGAGCAGUGCGUCUGCAACGCUGGCCGCUGGGUGUGCAAAGACCUGCCUUGCCCUGGCACCUGCACCCUGGAAGGCGGGUCCCACAUCACCACCUUUGAUGGGAAGAAGUUCACCUUCCACGGGGACUGCUACUACGUCCUGGCCAAGGGUGACAAUGAUUCCUAUGCCCUCCUGGGCGAGCUGGCCCCCUGCGGCUCCACGGACAAGCAGACCUGCCUGAAGACGGUGGUGCUGCUGGCCGACAGGAAGAAGAAUGUGGUGGUCUUCAAGUCUGAUGGCAGCGUGCUGCUCAAUGAGCUGCAGGUGAACCUGCCCCAUGUGACUGCGAGCUUCUCCAUCUUCCACCCAUCUUCCUACCACAUCGUCGUGAGCGUGGCUGUCGGCCUCCGGCUGCAGGUGCAGCUGGCCCCGGUCAUGCAGCUCUUCGUGACGCUGGACCAGGCCGCCCAGGGGCAGGUGCAGGGGCUCUGCGGGAACUUCAACGGCCUGGAAGGCGAUGACUUCAAGACAGCCAGCGGGCUGGUGGAGGCCACAGGAGCCGGCUUCGCCAACGCCUGGAAGGCACAGUCCAGCUGCCGUGAUAAGGUGGACUGGCUGGACGACCCCUGCUCCCUGAACAUCGAGAGUGCCAACUACGCUGAGCACUGGUGCUCCCUCCUCAAGAAGACAGAGACCCCCUUCGGCAGAUGUCACUCGACCGUGGACCCCGCUGAGUAUUACAAGAGGUGCAAAUAUGACACAUGCAACUGUCAGAACAACGAGGACUGCUUGUGCGCUGCCCUGUCCUCCUACGCACGCGCCUGUGCCACCAAGGGCGUCAUGCUAUGGGGCUGGCGAGAGCACGUCUGCAACAAGGACGUGGGCUCCUGCCCCAACUCGCAGGUCUUCCUGUACAACCUGACCACCUGCCAGCAGACCUGCCGCUCCCUAUCCGAGGCCGACAGCCACUGUCUCGAGGGCUUCGCGCCUGUGGACGGCUGUGGCUGCCCCGCCCACACCUUCCUGGAUGAGAAGGGCCGCUGCGUGCCCCUGGCCAAGUGCUCCUGCUACCACCGCGGGCUGUACCUGGCGGCGGGGGACGUGGUCGUCAGGCAGGAGGAACGAUGCGUCUGCCGGAACGGCAAGCUGCACUGUAUGCAGAUUCGGCUGCUCGGCCAGAGCUGUGUGGCCCCGAAGAUCCACAUGGACUGCAAUAACCUGACCGCACUGGCCACCUUGAAGCCCCGAGCCCUCAGCUGUCAGACGCUGGCUGCCGGCUAUUACCACACAGAGUGUGUCAGUGGCUGCGUGUGCCCUGAUGGACUGAUGGACGAUGGCCGGGGUGGCUGCGUGGUGGAGGAGGAGUGCCCCUGCAUCCACAACAAGGACCUGUACUCCCCCGGGGACAAGAUCAAGGUGGACUGCAACACCUGCACCUGCCAGAAAGGACGCUGGGCAUGCUCCCAGGCUGUGUGCCACGGCACCUGUUCCAUUUAUGGGAGCGGCCACUACAUCACCUUUGAUAGGAAGUACUAUGACUUUGACGGACACUGCUCCUACGUGGCUGUUCAGGACUACUGCGGCCAGAACUCCUCACGGGGUUCAUUCAGCAUCAUCACCGAGAACGUCCCCUGUGGCACCACGGGAGUCACCUGCUCCAAGGCCAUCAAAAUCUUCAUGGGGAGGACAGAGCUGAAGUUGGAAGACAAGCAUCGCGUGGUGAUCCAGCGGGAUGAGGGUCGCCACGUGGCCUACACCACGCGGGAGGUGGGCCAGUACCUGGUGGUGGAGUCCAGCACGGGCAUCAUCGUUAUCUGGGACAAGAGGACCACCGUGUUCAUCAAACUGGCUCCCUCCUACAAGGGCACCGUGUGUGGCCUGUGUGGGAACUUCGAUGACCGCUCCAACAAUGACUUCACCACACGGGACCACAUGGUGGUGAGCAGUGAGCUGGACUUCGGGAACAGCUGGAAGGAGGCCUCCACCUGCCCGGACGUGAGCGCCAACCCUGAGCCCUGCAGCCUGAACCCGCACCGCCGCUCCUGGGCGGAGAAGCAGUGCAGCAUCCUCAAAAGCAGCGUGUUCAGCAUCUGCCACAGCAAGGUGGACCCCAUGCCCUUCUACGAGGCCUGUGUGCACGACUCAUGCUCCUGUGACACGGGCGGGGACUGUGAGUGCUUCUGCUCUGCUGUGGCCUCCUACGCCCAGGAGUGUACCAAGGCGGAGGCCUGCGUGUUCUGGAGGACGCCGGACCUGUGCCCCAUAUUCUGUGACUACUACAACCCUCCGCAUGAGUGUGAGUGGCACUAUGAGCCGUGUGGGAACCGGAGCUUCGAGACCUGCAGGACCAUCAACGGCAUUCACUCCAACAUCUCCGUGUCCUACCUGGAGGGCUGCUACCCCCGGUGCCCCAAGGAGAGGCCCAUCUAUGACGAGGACCUGAAGAAGUGUGUCACUGCAGACAAGUGUGGCUGCUACAUUGAGGAUACCCACUACCCGCCUGGAGCGUCGGUUCCCACCGAGGAGAUCUGCAAGUCCUGCAUGUGCACCAACUCCUCCCAAGUUGUCUGCAGGCCGGAGGAAGGAAAGAUUCUCAAUGAGACCCAGGAUGGUGCCUUCUGCUACUGGGAGAUCUGUGGCCCCAAUGGGACGGUGGAGAAGCACUUCAACAUCUGUGUGUCCACUACGCUACGCCCGUCCACGCUGACCACCUUCACCACGGUCACCCUCCCCACCACCCCCCCCCCCACCACCACCACCACCAUCACCCCCAUCACCACCACCACCAUCAUCAUCACCACCCCCACCACCACCCCCCCGACCCCCAAGCCGUGCUGCCGCUGGUCUGACUGGAUCAACGAGAACCACCCCAGCAGCGGUAGCGAUGGUGGUGACCGAGAGACGUUUGAUGGGGUCUGCAGCGCCCCUGAGGACAUCGAGUGCAGGUCCGUCGAGGCGCCACACCUCAGCUUGGAGGAGCUGGGCCAGAAGGUGCAGUGUGACCUCUCCGUCGGGUUCAUUUGCAAGAAUGAAGACCAGUUUGGAAAUGGACCAUUUGGACUGUGUUACGACUACAAGAUACGUGUCAAUUGUUGCCGGCUCACACCUGAGUGCAUCACCUCUCCAACAACCACCACUCCACACCCUCCACCAACCACCACGACCACCCCUCCAAUGACCCCAACCCCAACACCCACCACUUUAAGCACAGAGCCCCCCACACCCACCGGCACAACCCCCAUUGCUCAGUCAACCACAUCCAAACACCCACCUGAGUCCUCAGCUCCUCAGACCUCUCGGUCCACCUCCUCCCCUCCCACGGAGUCGACCACCCUUCCGAGUACCCCAUCACCUGCCACGAAGACAACCAGCAUGGCCCCACCUUCCACACCCACGACACCCACGGCCACCACGACGGGAGGCCGCACGCCAUCCCCACCACCCGGCACCACCAUGGCCCCUCCAGGCACCCCCACACGAGGCACCACAACUGGGUCACCUUCACCCACCACCCGCAGCACUGCACGGACGACCACCAGUGCCUGGACCCCCACGCCCACCCCAGUCUCCACAUCCAGCAUCAUCAGGACCACAGGCCUGGUGACCGGCACCAUCGUUAAGUGCUGUGUCGUGAACGACACCUACUAUGCACCAGGUGAGGAGGUGUACAACGGCACACUCGGGGACACCUGCUAUUUCGUGAACUGCUCGCUGAGCUGCACCUUGGAGAUCUAUAACUGGUCCUGCCCGUCCACGCCCUCCCCAAAGCCCACGCCCUCCAAGCCGACGCCCACGCCCUCCAAGCCCACACCCACACCCUCCAAGACGACGCCCACCACCAAGCCCCCCCCCGAGUGCCCAGACUUUGAUCCUCCCAGGCAGGAGAAUGAGACUUGGUGGCUGUGUGACUGCCUCAUGGCCACAUGCAAGUACAACAACACGGUGGAGAUCACGGAGGUGAAGUGUGAGCCGCCGCCCAUGCCCACCUGCUCCAACGGCCUCACCCCCGUGCGCGUCAUGGACGACGACCGCUGCUGCUGGCACUGGGAGUGCGACUGCUACUGCACGGGCUGGGGGGACCCGCACUACACCACCUUCGACGGGCUGUACUACAGCUACCAGGGCAACUGCACCUACGUGCUGGUGGAGGAGAUCAGCCCCACUGUGGACAACUUUGGUGUCUACAUCGACAACUACCACUGUGACGUCAACGACAGGGUGUCCUGUCCCCGCACCCUCAUCGUGCGCCACGAGACCCAGGAGGUGCUCGUCAAGACCGUGCAGAUGAUGCCCAUGCGGGUGCAGGUGCAGGUGAACGGUCAGGUGGUGGCACUGCCCUACAGGAAGUACGGGCUGGAGGUGUACCAGUCCGGCAUCAACUACGUGGUGGCCGUCCCUGAGCUGGGCGCCCUCAUCUCCUACAACGGGCUGUCCUUCUCCAUCAGGCUGCCCUACCACAAAUUCGGCAACAAUACCAAGGGCCAGUGCGGCACCUGCACCAACACCACGUCUGACGACUGCAUUCUGCCCAGCGGGGAGAUCGUCUCCAACUGUGAGGCUGCGGCCGACCAGUGGGUGGUGAAUGACCCCUCCAAGCCACACUGUCCCCACAGCAUCUCCACGACCAAGCGCCCGGCCGUCACGGUGCCCGGGGGCAGCAAGACGACCCCACGCAAGGACUGCACCCCAUCUCCCCUCUGCCAGCUCAUCAAGGACAGCCUGUUUGCCGAGUGCCACGUGCUGGUGCCGCCACAGCACUACUACGAAGCCUGCGUGUUCGACAGCUGCUUCGUGCCCGGCUCGCGCCUGGAGUGUGCCAGUCUGCAGGCCUACGCGGCCCUCUGCGCCCAGGCGGGCGUCUGCCUCAACUGGCGGAACCACACACACGGGGCCUGCCUGGUGGAGUGCCCAUCUCACAGGGAGUACCAGGCCUGUGGCCCUGCGGAAGAGCCCACCUGCAAGUCCAGAACCUGCCCAGUGUGCUCACAAUUUGGGGAGCACUUUGAGUUCGACUGCAAGGACUGUAUCUGCCUGGAGGGUGGAAGUGGCAUCAUCUGCCAGCCCAAGACGUGCAGCCAGAAGCCUGUUACCCACUGCGUGGAGGAUGGCACCUACCUGGUCACGGAGGUCAACCCUGACGACACCUGCUGUAACAUCAGCGUCUGCAAGUGUAACACUAGCCUGUGCAAAGAGGAGCCCCCCCUGUGCCCGCUGGGAUUUGAACUGAGGAGCAAGAUGGUGCCGGGCAGGUGCUGUCCCUUCUACUGGUGUGAGUCCAAGGGGGUAUGUGUUCACGAGAAUGCGGAGUACCAGCCCGGUUCUCCAGUGUAUUCCUCAAAGUGCCAGGACUGCGUCUGCACCCACAAGGUGGACAACAGCACCCUGCUCAACACCAUCGCCUGCACCCACGUGCCUUGCAACAACUCCUGCAGCCCCGGCUUCGAGCUGGUGGAGGCCCCCGGGGAGUGCUGUAAGAAGUGUGAGCAGACACACUGCAUCAUCAAGCGCCCCGACAACCAGCACAUCAUCCUGAAGCCUGGAGACUUCAAGAGCGACCCCAAGAACAACUGCACGUUCUUCAGCUGCGUGAAGAUCCACAACCAGCUAAUCUCGUCCGUCUCCAACAUCACCUGCCCCGACUUUGACCCCACCAUUUGCGUCCCGGGCUCCAUCACAUUCAUGCCCAACGGAUGCUGCAAGACUUGCAUCCCUCGAAAUGAGACCAGGGUGCCCUGCUCCACCGUCCCCGUCACCAGGGAGAUUUCACAUGCGGGCUGCACCAAGAGUGUCAUCAUGAAUCACUGCUCCGGGUCCUGCGGGACAUUCGUCAUGUACUCGGCCGAGGCCCAGGCCCUGGACCACAGCUGCUCCUGCUGCAAAGAGGAGAAGACCAGCCAGCGGGAGGUGGUCCUGGACUGCCCCAACGGGGGCUCGCUGAUGCACACCUACACCCACAUUGAGACCUGCCAGUGCCAGGACACCGUCUGCGCACUCCCUGCCAGCACCUCCCGCCGGGCCCGGCGCUCCCCCAUGCGUCUGGGGAACGCGUGAGCGGCGUGGGCACAUCCCGGCUCCGCUGCCCUCCGCAGCUCUGCCUCCCCCGAGAGGCCUCCUAAGCAAUAAAUACCCUCGUUUCAGAUA